AUAAGAACUCAAUCUUAAGUUGCAGAUCGUAACGUUAACAUGGCGAGGGAAUUAAAAAAUAAAGUUGUUGUUAUCACCGGUGGUGCGGUCGGCAUCGGUUUUGAAAUCGCCGAUAGAUAUCUACAGAAAGGUGCCAAGGUUACCGUCCUACUAGAUAUCGAUGAAAGACAAGGAACAGAAGCAGCGAAAAGCCUAUGCACUAAACAUGGUGCUAACAGGGCUGUUUUCAUGAAAUGCGACGUCACAAAAGAUUUGGAACCCGUAUCUAACAAAAUCAUCGACACAUACAAAACAGUUGAUGUGCUAAUAAACAAUGCUGGAAUAUUAAAUGAUCAACUCGGAAAGAAAACGAUUGAUAUCAACGUUUGGGCUUUGAUUGAAUGGUCUAUGAAGUUUUGGGAGCACAUGAGAACUGACAAAAAGGGCAAAGGAGGUACUAUCAUCAACUUGGCUUCAAUUUAUGGUUUCCGAGUCGAUCAAUAUUUGCCGAUAUAUCAAGCUUCGAAGUUUGCCGUGAUGGGCUUCACGAAAUCAUUGGGACACGCCUAUAAUUUCAAUAGAUCAGGUAUAAGGGUCCUUGGUAUUUGCCCAGGAUUUACUGAAACGAAACUAACUGCGGAACCCAAGACCUGGGAUGAUCAGGGCUUAGGCAAGGACUUCGGUGUGUUUAUUAAGAAGCAGCUUUGGCAGAAAGUGGACUCGGUUGGUAAAGCUGCAGUGGAUGUAUUUGAGAAGGCGAACAGUGGCACUGCAUGGUUGAUAGAAGGAGCAAAGCCUAUCGUUGAAGUUUAAUAUUAAAACGGUAAAGAUUUUAAUAUAGAACGUUGUUUUUUAAUCUGUUGUACUUUGUUUUAUAUAAAAUAUGAAUUCAUUCAC